AGAAAAUCAUUGGGAAGGGGUUAAUAUUUAACUGAGCAUGCGCUAAAACUAAAACUCUCGACAAGAUACCGUGCGGAUUUAGAAGUUCGUAACGCGCGAGCUUCUUCUCUCAAAAGAGCGUCUUUCAUAAACUUCGUUUUGGUUUAUAACACUAAAAGAACAAUACGAAAAUGCAAUUAUGGUACGCUUUAGUGAUAUUCGUUACGUGUCUUUUGGAUUUCUCAAAACAAGUUGCCAUAGGAGGUUUUUUCGAUGACGAUGAAAUGAUUCAACAAGCUUUUGAAUUAUCGAUAAGAUCGGUCAAUCGAGAAUAUCCAAGUAACAUUUAUUUGGAACCUAAUGUUCAAUUAGUAAAUAAUGAUGCAUUCGAUGUUACCAGUCAAGUAUGCAACAUGGUUGGUACGGGUGUGGCUGGCAUAUUUGGUCCACAAGAUAAAGCCAUAGCUGAACAUGUGCAGAGCAUAUGCGACACGAUGGAAAUGCCACACAUCACAGUUAGGUGGGACCCACAAGAAACACGCGGGAAAACAGUGAAUUUCUAUCCACAUGCAAAUACGUUAUCCUUGGCAUAUCAAGUAUUAAUAAAAGAACUGGAUUGGCAAGAAAUGAUAAUAUUAUUCGAAAACACCGAUAGUUUGCUCAAAAUUAAACCACUUUUAGAACUUCGUAAUACAGGAAUUGACAUAUUUUUGUUUCAAUUAGGAAGUGGUCCAAAUUACAGGAACGUAAUUCAAGAGGUCAAGGAAACUGAAAUCGAAAACAUCGUGAUCGAUUGUUCCUUUCUAAUUUUAAAUGAAGUACUCAAACAGGCUCAACAAGUUGGUAUUAUGUCGGAUCAGCAUAACGUGGUUGUGACAUCAUUGGAUCUCCAAACAUUGAAUUUAGAACCGUACCGUUAUUCAGGCGUAAACUUUACUGGUUUUCGUUUAAUCAAUCCGGAAGAUCCAACGGUAAUGGAGAUUUUCAACAAACACAAACACGAAUGGAGCUUAUCCGGACCGGAUAAACUUCGACUUGAACCAGCUUUAAUGUACGACGCCGUUCAGCUUUUCGCUCAAACUUUGAAGCAAUUAAAUGGCGUUACAAACGACGACGUCAAACAGUUGCCUUGCAAUGGUUCGAUGAGCUGGGAACAUGGGAGUACUUUAUUGAAUUUUAUGCGCGUGACCGAAAUGAGAGGAUUGACUGGAUUAAUAUGGUUCGAUACUGCUGGAUUUCGAAGUAAUUUUCAAUUGGAUAUUGUUCAACUACAAUUAGAAGGAUUAACAAGAAUAGGAGUUUGGAAUAGCACUCAUACAAGUGGAAUCGAAUGGUUGCCAGAGAUGAGUUCAAUGAAGCCUGAUUCUGAAUUAAGUCUACAGAAUAAAACAUUUUUAGUAUUAAUAUCUAUGACAAAACCGUACGGAAUGGUUAAGGAAUCUGCUACGAUGUUGUCUGGCAACGAACGUUACGAGGGAUUUGGAAUUGACAUUAUUGAAGAGCUUAGCAAAUCACUCGGAUUUAAUUACACUUUCGAAGUACAAACAGACAGCGUUUAUGGUUCUUAUAUAAAUAAAACAGGAAAAUGGUCGGGCAUGUUGGGAAAAAUUAUAGAAGGGCGAGCAGAUUUAGCAAUUACCGAUUUAACGAUAACGUCCGAUCGUGAAAGUGCAGUUGACUUUACGAUGCCUUUCAUGAACCUAGGUAUAAGUAUAUUGUAUCAAAGGCCAACGAAAGCACCGCCCAGUUUCUUCUCGUUUCUUUCGCCAUUUUCUAACGACGUUUGGUUAUGCCUGUUAGGAGCAUUUAUCUUUGUGUCAGUGUUAUUCUCCGUGAUCGGAAGAUUGUGUCCAGCGGAAUGGAACAAUCCUUAUCCUUGCAUCGAAGAACCCGAGGAGUUGGAGAACCAGUUCUCGUUGAAGAAUUCCUUUAUGUUUACCAUAGGAAGUAUAAUGCAACAAGGUUCCGACGUUGCACCUAUAGGAUUUUCAACAAGAAUGAUGGCAGGAUGCUGGUGGUUCUUUUGUUUGAUUAUAAUCUCCUCCUACACAGCUAAUUUAACAGCUUGUUUAGCCAUAGCUGCUAACAUACCACCAUUUAACAACGUCGAGGAAUUGGCAAAACAGAAAACCAUCAAAUACGGUGCUAAAGGUGGCGGAUCUACGUUUGAAUUUUUCAAAGAGGCCUCCUACCAGACGUACAAGGACAUGUACAACUACAUGAUCAGUACCGAGAACGUUUUGACUAAGGACAACGACGAGGGUUUGAAGAAGGUCCUUAAUGAAAAUUAUGCCUUCUUAAUGGAAUCCAGCUCGAUCGAGUACAUCAUUCAAAGGGAAUGCAACGUUACCAAAGUUGGUGGAUUGUUGGAUCAAAAGGGCUAUGGAAUUGCUAUGAAAAAAAAUUCUCCUUAUCGUCAUCAAUUAAAUACGGCGAUUUUAAAAUUACAAGAAAGUGGUAGAGUAACUGAACUCAAAAAAAAAUGGUGGACCCAAAAACGCGGUGGUGGUAAAUGCGAGGAAGGUGGUGCACCAAGUUCAGCAGAGGAAUUGAAUUUGUCUAACGUCGGUGGUGUUUUCUUGGUACUUUUCGUUGGUAUUGGAUUUUCUUUACUUUUCACGAUAUUCGAGCUCGUUUGGGAUGUUGCUAUGAAAUCAAUCAAAGAUAAUUUAUCAUUUAAGGAAGAAAUGAUAGAGGAAUUGAGAUUCAUAGCCAAGUGUACUACCGAGACUAAACCAGUUAGACAUAGGAAAAGUUUAUCGCAAAGAAGUGGAGAAGAUAGUACAGAAGAUUGCAGUCCACCUUAUGGAUUCGUACCAACUGUAAUCACAACAUCACCGGACGAUGAUAAUUGAAAAAAAUCUUUGAUUAUUAUAA